CGACAACAUCAAGCAUAAGAACCAUGCUUUCACUGUAAUCAUCAUCACCUCCUGCAAACAUCGCAAAACUCUACUCUGUUCAGCUCGUUCGAUACCCCACCACGUCAUGGUCAAUCGAGGCGCCUCGCGAGGAUGUGUCACAUGCAGACAACGCCGCGUCAAGUGCGAUGAGAGAAAACCUUGGUGCAAGGCCUGUCUUCGUCUUGGCAUUGAAUGCACGGGCUAUGAGAAGCGUGGGCUGAAGUUCAAGGAUGAAACAACUCGAUAUGGAGCGAAUUCAAACGCUGUAACGCGCGUCAGCAAGCGGGCGAAACAAUCGUCACUUGAGAGGACGAUCGUCCGAAUGCCAUCUGAUCAUCCGCAGGAUGUUGCGGUUCCUUUCUUUCUGACAUAUGUUACCGAUGUUGGUCGAAGUCUGGAAUCGACAAGGGGCUUCUUGGAGUUUGUCCGUCCUGCUCUAGCUUCUGAACGACAUGAUUCAGCUUUGAACACUGCGGUGACAGCUACGUCGAUCAAAAUCUGGUCCAUGAUCGGCAAGCUUCCUUCUUCGAGCCCUCUUCCUUAUCAGCUACUGGUGAAGGCCUUGAAGCGGCUUCACCAAGCGACCGAGGAGCAUGUGGAGAGAGGUCGCGAUGAAACAGUGUUAGCGGCUCUUGUCCUCCAGAUGCACGAUACCUUGUCAGCUGUAUCAGGACAAGCCAGAGCUCAUGGAGCGCAUCGUGAGGGAGCUUUGGUUUUGUUAUUACAGCGCGAAAACUGUUUUAAGAACUCCAAGUAUUAUGCUCACCUUGUUGGCAACCUUCUCCACUCUAGGGUAUCUGUUUUUGUAAGAAACAGAACACGACUACCGACAACAGAUCUUGAAUGGAUUGAGACUCAGGUUGCUCCAAUCUUACCGAGUAAUCCGAGUUCUUCUCUGGAUAUGAUCGGGGUGUCCAUUGCAGACCUCCAACAUUCUUUCCGUGAUUUGUCACUGGCAACAGAACUCCCUGCUCAGCAUGCAAAGCUGCUGAAACAAGUCAACAAUUUGGACAUUCAGCUACAGGUUUGGAAACAGAACAUACCCCAUAGCUGGUAUCCACAACCAAUGCACAGCGGUAUCGACCUUGAGUUAUCUGUUCAGUCAUAUCGUGGCGCUUGCGAAAUUUACCCAAGCAUACAAGUUGCGAAUAUCUGGAAUGCCUGGCGUAUUUACCGCCUUAUCCUCGAGGAUAUCAAAUAUCAACUUGCCGAGCCCUCUGCCCUAUCUGCGGUCCAGCAUUUUGAUAUUGAGAACGCCAUCUCGGACUGCACAAUGCUCUGGACUUCCAAUGAACGCGAAGUCCAAGAUCUUGUCGACUCCAUAUGCUUCAGCAUCCCAUUCUAUCUAGGCAACUGCAAUUACCCUGCCGAUAUACUUUCAAUGAGAAGCUCUGAUAUCAUAUACCCAAGUUUUCAUGAUCUACCUCCCGAUGAUGAAGCAUAUCUGAGAUUCAAAGCAAGCGAUCAAUACGUCUCGAAACUUGAUCACUCGCGACAUGUCACACUUCACGGCCAGGUCCAUGCGAUAAGUGUCUUAUCCUACGUUAUCGAUAUAUCCAUGAGUAGUCGUCAGAACCGACCAAGCCUUCUGAGAGAGGAGCAAAAGGAAUGGAUAGCAAGUCAGUUUAUUCGGUCCAUUUACUCGAUGAGACCCAUCUUCGGCGGUCUAUCGGAAAGAAGGGCACAUCAAGGGACCAAGGACCUCAAACAUGGCCUGGAAGCGAUGGAUACAGUUUCAAUAGCUAGGACAUUGGCAAUGAAGGUCAAAAAGGAGCUUUGGACUGUUAGCAUUCUGUAAUAGAUCAUAAAUAUCGGGAAAGCAAUGCUUAUCUUCCCAUGAAAGCAGUUGCUUCAAGUAACCUCACAAUAAAU